AUGCCCCUGCACCCACAAGCUCAACAGAUCAUCGAAGCGACCCGCGCCCUGGGCCUGCCACCGAACCACACUGUUUCGCCUCAAGAAGCCCGUGAGAACGCCAGCAAACGUCCGCGCGCACCCGGUCCGGAGGUUGGCAAGGUCGAAGACCGGACCGUUCCCACUCCGGCGGGCGGUGUGCCGGUUCGCAUUUACACUCCCGAAGGCGAGGGGCCGUUCCCGAUACUGGUGUGGUAUCACGGCGGCGGUUGGGUUACUGGCGACCUGGAAUCUGCCGACGGCACCAGCCGGCAUCUUUGUGUCACAUCUCGCAACAUCGUAGUGUCGGUGGACUACCGAUUAUCUCCGGAAGCCAAGUUCCCCGAACCGUUUGACGACUGUUACGCGGCUACGCUCUGGGCCAGCGAACACGCCGAAGCUCUGGGUGGAGUUUCGGGUGUUGUGUCCGUUGGCGGAGAUAGCGCGGGGGGUAACCUGGCUGCCGGCGUCAGCAUCAAGGCUGCCGAAACGGGGGACGUGCGCGUGAGCCAUCAACUGCUCGUUUAUCCGGUAACCGACCGCGAAUUCGGCACCGGUUCUUACGCCGAUAACGGCACCGGCUAUAACCUGGAACGCCAGGGAAUGAUGUGGUACUGGGACCAGUUUCUGGCUGACCCCGCUGAUGCCGCCAACCCGCUGGCCGCUCCGUUGCAGCUGGCUCCCGACUUUCCUCAUACUGACAAACUGGCCAAAUCCUUUACCCUCACCGCUGAGUACGACCCGCUGCGCGACGAGGGCGAAGCCUACGCGCGCCACCUGAAGCAGAUGGGUGUGCCGUCGACGGUGAAGCGUUACCCCGGCAUGAUUCACGGCUUUUUCAGCAUGGCCGGCGUCAUUGAUACGUCCCGCGCGGCGAUGGACGAUGCCGGCGAAUUCCUGCGCGGCGCCGUUGAUGACAUGGUGGCUGAGUAUCACGCCCAGCACCAGGGCGACAAGACGGCGAUGCGCAAGUUGCUGGAUCCGCAAGCCCGCAACGUGCUGGAACUGUUUGAUUCGCUCAAACUCAAGCCGUUCCAGGACAUGACCGCGGUGGAGUGUCGCGAGGUGAUGAACAACCGGCCCCGACCGGAAGGCCCGGCGGUGGGCAAGGUCGAAGACCGCAUCAUUCAGAACAUGUACGGCAAGGAACCGGGAGACGUGCCCAUACGCAUCUACACGCCGGAAGGUGCCGGCCCCUGGGGCACGCUGGUCUGGUUCCACGGCGGCGGUUGGGUUAUCGGCAACAUCGAAACCGCCGACGCCACCGCUCGCGAGCUUUGCGUGGGCGCCAAUUCGGUGGUCAUCUCAGUCGACUACCGGCUGGCCCCCGAGUACAAAUUCCCCACGCCCUUCGAAGACUGUCUUACCGCCACGAUGUGGGCGAUGUACAACGCCGAGUCUCUCGGCGGUCGUCCCGAGGCCAUCGCUGUGGGUGGCGACAGCGCCGGCGGAAACCUGGCCGCUGCGGUUGCCCUGUCGUACGAGGAUUUCCCACACCCGCUGGCAUACCAGUUGCUGGUUUACCCCUGCACCGAUGCCGCCUACAAUGGACGUUCGUACGCCGUCAACGGCAAGGGUAUGUUCCUGGAAACGGCCAGCAUGCAAUGGUUCUGGGAUCACUACCUGGACCGGUCUGAACUCUCCGGCUACAACAUUUUUGUGUCGCCUUUGCGUGCCCGACUAACAUCCGAUUUGUGCUCGGCGCUGGUUAUCACCGCCGAGUUCGACCCGCUGCGCGACGAGGGCGAAGCCUACGCCGUGGCCCUCCGGGAAGCGGGCGUGCCCACCGUGCAAAAGCGAUAUGAUGGUGUCAUUCACGGUUUCUACGGAAUGCCCCACGUCAUCGACAAGGGACGGCAGGCGCUGGAUCUGUCUUGCCGCGAGCUGCAAACCGCCUUCGCCUCCAUCCUUCAGAACGAGACGGCAGCCGUCGCCGCCGACAACUGA